UAAACACCUCCCUUUACAACUGUAGAAUUGUGAACUUCGUAGAUGUUGCAAGACUACAAAGGACCAUUCGCAACGGAAAACGAAAUAUAGAAGAUACACGAUUCCUAUUGCUGACAUUGAGCGAAAUUCUUCGAUACAUGAUGCGUCUUAAGCACGUCUCGAACACACAUCGCGAAGGCGUUGAAGAGACCGCUUAUUAAGCAAAUUGGAUAGUACUUAACGUGGCGACGUUUCCAAUAAGAUUGUACGGUCCAAAAUUUCCUUUGAUUCACUAUGUACUAUCAUCCGUAACCAAGCAAAAUGAUAAACGACAGGAUAAAGCUUCUGAGCGGACAUUCCUCAGCUGGUUACGCUGUAGUUACAGCGAUCAAAACUGUCGCCAUAUUGUUCGUGAUCAUCCUGGCAGUUCAAGGCGUAUUUCAUUUACCAUAUUAUUUUUGCGGAUUAUGUGGAUAUUUCGUUGUUGUGAGUUGUGCAAAUAUUAUUUUAAUGAAGAUUUGGGCUAUUUUUAAGUGGGCUCUCUGUUUCAUCUGGGACUUAUUCCGGGAACCGAUCAAAGCCAUCCGAUCUUGCCUUAAGGUCUACAACAUUACGUGACGCGGUUACUAUUCUUCAUCUUUCUGGAAUGGAAGAAGUUUUGGCAACUGUGCUCAUUGUGCGGCAUAGUGAAAAUGACGAUGCUUUGGGUUAAAUCUAUUUCUUGGACUUAUUAAAAUUCAUUGAUUUCCGGAUACCCAGAUUAUCUUUCUAGAUUGUCGCGUGCACAGCUGUAUGUAAAUUUCUGAAUGGUUUCCUUCCAGCGUCGCGUUAGAGGCACUUCUUGAUGCUACUUAUUUCAAUCAUUUUUUGGUCCAGUUUAUAGAAGCAUUAGCCUCAUCGUGGUCCCUAUGAAAUAACAUAACGUAUAAUUAUUGCCGAAACGCAUAUACAGGGAACAAAAGUUUAUUGUGAGGGUUGGUUUUUCAUUGUUUACGAUGAACAGAGACAGCUUGUAGUCAGCUAAUUAAAACCAGGCUCAUAACAGUUUAUCUUGUAAAGACACUGGAAAAUUCAUUAACAAAUUAGAAAUAAUACCCAGUUAAAACUAGCUACCUCUAACUUGACUAUUUCAGUCGAUCUGCAUUAAAAUCAACUCACAUUUUCAUUCUGUUUCUUAGGGAACAAACCCACGAGAAUUUACAGAAGAAACUUCUGUGCAAGAGCUAUCGCAAAAGGAGCAGACAUAUGGGAUCUUUGCGGUGUUAAAUUCGCUUGGUCAGCUAAGAAAUCUAAAAUUUGGAAGGAAAGGGGGUCGUUAAAAUCUUCAUGCCCACCCUCUGUACAUAAUUUUUUAUUCGCCUAGCCUUACCUCAUAGGAUUCAUUGGACACCUGUCACUAAACCAUAUCUUCCGCCCCUUACUCCUCAACUUUUCAAAAACCCGACAUCAUAGCAUUCAUUUUUUAGUAGAAGAAAUAAAAACCAGAGACAUCGUUUAUUUUUGAGUAUAAAUAAGCCAUCUUUAUUACUCUUUUUAAGCUCUGAACUGUGACACUGGUACAAAAAAAUUAUUACUCAUUACAUUGCAGUAUUCGCUUUCACUGCGGUAGCUCCCUUGGCUGUUGUGUUAACUGUUCUUCUUAGUGUUGCGUGGAAUGAUGGUGAGUAAAAUACUUAAGAUAUCUGUUGGAAAACAUAAGCAGUAGAUGUAUGAAGGUACCAAAGGCCGCUGUGUAGUUAGUACUGCAGCUCUUUACUAACAAAUGUUAAAAACUUUCUGGUGGACAUUAAGUCAUACAUUAAAAUUGUUUCGUCAGUGAGAAAACUUUUAACAAAACGGGUCAAGAAAAAAAUUGUGUUUCGUAAUUAUGAUUAGAAUUUCUCCCCCAGAUGUGUGGAUGAAUAUAGAUACUAGCUACUGCUUGAUUCUGACUGUUUGAGACCAAUAAGGUCAUGAAAGUUUUAAUGAAACUAGUUGUCAGCGAAUCAUUGUAUCAUCUCAAUUGCCUUUGUUUGUUUGUGCAGCUAGAGUCCAAUAGAGACUUUCUGCUCUGUCAUGACCGUGUACUCAGAGUUAAUUAUGAUUAAGUUGAUAAGUUCGUGAACUUCACAAGGAUUUUUUUUUUUUUUUUUUUUUUUUUUUUUUUGAAGAGCCGGCGAAAACAGGAGGAAGUGAAAGUCAUAAACGAAGUGCUGCAGGUAUAGAAAGUUGAACAAACAAGAAUAUUUUCAAAAGUAUGACAGUGCCUUUUAUCGAAUUAUGGUAAAGAUAUCUGUGUAAACACGCCUCUUCUCUUGGAAAUAAAUAGAUAAUUGAAUGCAUUUUUCCCCAGCUAGCAGAGGGACGAGUCCACAACAGAGAAAAAAUCGACGUCGGAAUCACGAGGAAGCAGGUAUAAUUGUCAUGCUUAUUUGAGGUAGGCAGAUCAGAACUACCACCGAUAUGCUGAUCAAAAGCGAUCGAUCAAGAAAAAGAAGACCGAGAAGGUCAUGACGAUUUAAAUGGAAUAAGUAUAUUGAUAAGUUUAUCGGCGAAUUAUUAAAGCACCUCAAUUGUCCUUGUUCGUUUCUGCAGUUAGAGUCUAAUGGAGACUUUCUGCUCUCUCUUGAUCGUGUGUGCUCGAAGUUAAUUAUACUAAGUUCGUUAACUGCACAAGGAAUUCUUUCUCUUUUUCAGAAGAGCCGGCGAAAAACGAAAAAAAUGAAACCUACAAAAGAAGCGCUGCAGGUAUAAACAGUUAAGCAAACAAGAAUAUUUUCAAAAGCACGACAGUGCCUUUUAUCGAAUUUAAAAAAAUGCUGCCGGUAUAAACAGUUGAAAGAACAAGAAUAUUUUCAAAAGCAAAACAGUGUCUUUUAUCAAAUUAUACUAGAGAUUUCUGUGUAACCACGCCUCUUCUCUUAGAAAUAAAUAGACAAUUGAAUGUAUUUUUCCCAAGGUAGUAAAGGGACGAGGUCUUUGUCCGUUUCUGCAGCUAGAGUCCAAUGGAGACUUUCUGCUCUAUCAUUACCGUGUACUCGGAGUUAGUUAUAAUUAUGUUGAUAGGUUCGUAAGGUGCACAAGGAAUUGUCUCUCUUUUUCAGAAGAGCCGGCAAUAAAAGAAGAAAAUGAAAGUUACAAACGAAGUGCUGCAGGUAUAAACAGUUAAACAGACAUGAAUAUUUUCAAAAGCAUGACAGUACCUUUUACCGAAUUAUAGUAAAGGCUUUUGUGUAACCACGCCUCUUCUCUUGGAAAUAAGUAGAUAACUAAAUAUAUAUUUUUCCCAGAUAGUAGAGGAACGAGUCCACAACAGAGAGAACAUGGAGGUUGGAGUCACAUGAAAGCAGGUAUUAUUGUUAUCUUAUCUGAGGUAAGCAGAUCAGAACUAUCAUCGAUAUGCUGAUCAAGAACGCGAUCAAAAAGAAAGAAGACCGAGAAGGUCAUGACGACUUUAAAGGAAUAAGUAUAUCGAUACGUAUAUCGGCGAAUCGUUGCAGCAUCCCAAUUGCCUUUGUUCGUUUGUGCAGCUAGGGUCCAAUGGAGACUUUCUCCUCUGUCAUAACCGUGUACUCGGAGUUAAUUAUGAUUAAGUUAAUAAGUUCGUGAACUGCACAAAGAAUUGUUUCCCUUUUUCAGAAGAGCCGGCGAAAGAAGAAGGAAGUGAAAGUCACAAACAAAACGCUGAAGGUAUUAACAGUUGAACAAACAAGAAUGUUUUCAAAAGUAUAACAGUGCCUUUCAUCGAAUUAUGUUAAAGAUUUUGGUGUAACCACGACUCUCCUCUUAGAAAUAAAUAGACAAUUGAAUGUACUUUUGCCCAGGUAGUAAACGGACGAGUUCUUUGGUUGUUUGUGCAGCUAGCGUCCGAUGGAGACUUUGUGCUCUAUCUGAUAACCGUGUACUCGGAGUUAAUUAUGACUAAUUUGAUAAGUUCGUGAACUUCUCAAGGAAUUGCAGCAUCUCAAUUGUCUUUAAGUUAAUAAGUUCGUGAACUGCACAAGGAAUUGUUUCCCUUUUUCAGAAGAGCCGACGAAAGAAGAAGAAAGUGAAAGUCACAAACAAAGCACUACAGGUAUAAACAGUUGAACAAACAAGAAUAUUUUCAAAAGCAUGACAGUGCCUUUUAUCGAAUUAUAGUAAAGAUUUCUAUGUAACCACGCCUCUUCUCUUAGAAAUAAAUAGAUAAUUGAAUGUACUUUUGCCCAGGUAGUAAACGGACGAGGUCUUUGGUUGUUUGUGCAGCUAGAGUCCAGUGGAGACUUUGUACUCUAUUAUGACCGUGUACUCGGAGUUAAUUAUAACUAAUGUGUUAAGUUCGUGAACUGCACAAGGAAUUCUCUCUCUUUUUCAGAAGAGCCGGCGAAAAAAGGAGAAAAUGAAAAUUACAAGCGAAGCACUACAGGUAUAAACAGUUGAAAGAACAAGAAUAUUUUGAAAAGUAUGACAGUGCCUUUUAUCGAAUUAUGGUAAAGAUUUAUGUCUAACCACGCCUCUUCUCUUAGAAAUAAAUAGAAAAUAGAGUAUAUUUUUCCCCAGAUUGUAAAGGGGCGAGGUCUUUAUCCGUUUUUGCAGCUAGAGUCCAAUGGAGACUUUCUGCUCUAUCGUGACCGUGUACUCGAAGUUAAUUAUAAUUAAGUUGAUAAGUUCGUAAACUGCUCAAGGAAUUGUUUCUCUUUUUUAGAUGAGCUGGCGAAAAACGGAGAAAAUGAAAGUUACAAACGAAGUGCUGCAGGUAUAAACAGUUAAACAGACAUGAAUAUUUUCAAAAGCACGACUGUACCUUUUACUGAAUUAUAGUAAAGGUUUUUGUGUAACCACGCCUCUUCUCUUGGAAAUAAGUAGAUAACUAAAAAUAUAUUUUUCCCAGAUAGUAGAGGGACGAGUCCACAACAGAGAGAACAUGGAGGUUGGAGUCACAUGAAAGCAGGUAUUAUUGUCAUCUUAUCCGAGGUAAACAGAUCAGAACUAUCACCGAUAUGCUGAUCAAGAACGAUCGAUCAAGAAAAAGAAAACCGAGAAAGUCAUGAAGACUUUAAUGGAAUAAGUAUGUCGAUAAGUAUAUCGGCGAAUCAUUGCAGCAUCUCAAUUGUCUUUAAUUAAGUUAAUAAGUUCGUGAACUGCACAAGGAAUUAUUUCCCUUUUUCAGAAGAGCCGACGAAAGAAGAAGAAAGUGAAAGUCACAAACAAAGCGCUGCAGGUAUAAACAGUUGAACAAAUAAGAAUAUUUUCAAAAGCAUGACAAUGACUUUUAUCGAAUUAUAGUAAAGAUUUCUAUGUAACCACGCCUCUUCUCUUGGAAUAUACAGACGAUAGAAUGUAAUUUUCCACAGGCAGAAAAGGGACGAGGUCUUUGUUCGUUUGUGCAGCUGGAGUCCAAUGGAGACUUUAUGCUCUAUCAUAACCUUGUACUCGGAGUUAAUUAUAACUAAGUUGAUAAGUUCGUGAACUUCUCAAGGAACUGUUUCUUUUUUUCAGAAGAGCUGGCGAUAAAAGGAGAAAAUGAAAGUUACAAACGAAGCGCUGCAGGUAUUAAACGUUGAACGUACAAGAAUAUUUUCAAAAGCAUGACAGUGCCUUUUAUCGAAUUAUAGUAAAGGUUUUUGUGUGACCACGCCUUUUUCUUGGAAAUAAGUUGUUAACUAAAUAGAUAUUUUUCCCCAGUUAGUAGAGGGACUAGUGCACGACAGAGAGGAAAUGGAGGUUGGAAUAACAUGAAAGCAGGUAUUACUGUCUUCUUAUCUGAGGUAAGCAGAUCAGAACUAUCACCGAUAUGCUGAUCAAGAACGAUAGAUCAAGAAGAAGACCGCGAAGGUCAUGACGACUUCAAUGGAAGAAGUAUAUCGAUAAGUAUUUUGGCGAAUCAUUGUAGCAUCUUAAUUGUCUUUGUUUGUUUGUGCAGCUAGAGUCCAGCGGAGAAUUUCUGCUCUGUCAAGAUUUACCACAUGGAGCGUUGCAGGUAUAAACAGUUGUACAAACAAGAAUAUUCUCAAAAGUAUGACAAUGCCUUUUGUCGAAUUAUGGUAAAGAUUUCUGUGUAACCACGCCUCUUCUCUUAGAAAUAAAUAGAUAAUUGAAUGUAUGUUUCCUCAGGUUUUAGAGGGACGAGAUCUUUAUUCGUUUCUGGAGCUGGAGUCCAAUGGAGACUUUCUGCUCUAUCAUGACCGUGUACUCGAAGUUCAUUAAAAUUAAGUUUAUUAGUUUGUGAACUGCACAAGGAAUUGUCUCUCUUUUUUAGAUGAGCUGGCGAAAAACGGAGAAAAUGAAAGUUACAAACGAAGUGCUGCAGGUAUAAACAGUUAAACAGACAUGAAUAUUUUCAAAAGCAUGACAGUACCUUUUAUCGAAUUAUAGUAAAGGUUAUUGUGUAACCACGCCUUUUCUCUUGGAAAUAAGUAAAUAACUAAAUAUAUAUUUUUCCCCAGUUAGUAGAGGGACGAGUCCACAACGCAGAGAAAAUGGAGGUUGGAAUAACAUGAAAGCAGGUAUUAUUGUCAUGCUUAUCUGAGUUAAGCAGAUCAGAACUAUCAACGAUAUGCUGAUCAAGAACGAUCGAUCAAGAAAAAGAAGACCAAGAAGGUCAUGACGACUUUUAAGGAAUAAGUAUAUCGAUACGUAUAUCGGCGAAUCGCUGCAGCAUCUAAAUUGUCUUUAAGUUAAUAAGUUCGUGAACUGCACAAGGAAUUGUUUCUCUUUUUCAGAAGAGCCGACGAAAGAAGAAGAAAGUGAAAGUCACAAACAAAUCGCUGCAGGUAUAAACAGUUGAACAAACAAGAAUACUUUCAAAAGCAUGACAGUGACUUUUAUCGAAUUAUAGUAAAGAUUUCUAUGUAACCACGCCUCUUCUCUUGGAAUAAAUAGACGAUUGAAUGUAAUUUUCCACAGGUAGUAAAGGGACGAGAUCUUUGUUCGUUUGUGCAGCUAGAGUCCAAUGGAGACUUUAUGCUCUAUCAUAACCUUGUACUCGGAGUUAAUUAUAACUAAGUUGAUAAGUUCGUGAACUUCUCAAGGAACUGUUUCUUUUUUUCAGAAGAGCUGGCGAUAAAAGGAGAAAAUGAAAGUUACAAACGAAGCGCUGCAGGUAUUAACCGUUGAACGUACAAGAAUAUUUUCAAAAGCAUGACAGUGCCUUUUAUCGAAUUAUAGUAAAGGUUUUUGUGUGACCACGCCUCUUCUCUUGGAAAUAAGUUUUUUACUAAAUAUAUAUUUUUCCCCAGUUAGUAGAGGGACGAGUCCACAACAGAGAGAAAAUGGAGGUUGGAAUAACAUGAAAGCAGGUAUUAUUGUCUUCUUAUCUGAGGUAAGCAGAUCAGAACUAUCACCGAUAUGCUGAUCAUGACGACUUUAAUGGAAUAAGUGUAUCGAUAAGUAUAUCGGCGAAUUAUUGAAGCACCUCAAUUGUCCUUGAUCGUUUGUGCAGCUAGAGUCCAAUGGAGACUUUCUGCUCUGUCAUGACCGUGUACUCGGAGUUAAUUAUGACUAAGUUGAUAAGUUCGUGAACUGCACAAGGAAUUGUUUCCCUUUUUUCAGAAGAGCCGGCGAAAGAUGGAGGAAUUGAAAGUUAUAAACGAAGUGCGGCAUGUAUAAACAGUUGAACAAACAAGAAUAUUUUCAUAAGCAUGACAGUGCCUAAUAUCGAUUUAUGGUAAAGAUUUCUAUGUAACCACGCCUCUUCUCUUGGAAUAAAUAGACGCUAGAAUGUAAUUUUCCACAGGCAGUAAAGGGACGAGGUCUUUGUUCGUUUGUGCAGCUAGAGACCCAUGGAGACUUUCUGCUCUGUCAUGACUGUGCACUCGGAGUUAAUUAGGAUUAAGUUAAUAAGUUCGUGAACUGCACAAGGGAUCUUUUCUCUUUUUCAGAAGAGCCAACGAUAGAAGAAGGAAGUGAAAGUCACAAACAAAGCGCUGAAGGUAUAAACAGUUAAACAGACAUGAAUAUUUUCAAAAGCAUGACAAUACCUUUUAUCGAAUUGUAGUAAAGGAUUUGUUUGUUACCACGCCUUUUCUCUUGGAAAUAAGUAGAUUAACUAGAUAUAUAUUUUCCCAGAUAGUAGAGAGACAAGUCCGCAACGAAGAGAAAAUGAAUGUUUCAAUUACAUGGAACCAGGUAUUGAAGUCAUACCUAUCUAAGGUGAGCAGAUUAGAACUAUCACCGAUAUGCUGAUCAAGAACGAUAGAUCAAGAAGAAGACCGAGAAGGUCAUGACGACUUCAAUAGAAGAAGUAUAUCGAUAAGUAUUUCGGCGAAUCAUUGUAGCAUCUUAAUUGUCUUUGUUUGUUUGUGCAGCUAGAGUCCAGCGGAGAAUUUCUGCUCUGUCAAGAUUUCACAUAUGGAGUGCUGCAGGUAUAAACAGUUGAACAAACAAGAAUAUUUUCAAAAGCAUGACUGUGACCUUUAUCGAAUUAUAGUAAAGAUUUCUAUGUAACCACGCCUCUUCUCUUGGAAUAAACAGACGAUUGAAUGUAAUUUUCCACAGGUAGUAAAGGGACGAGGUCUUUGUUCGUUUGUGCAGCUAGAGUCCAAUGGAGACUUUAUGCUUUAUUAUGACUGUGUACUCGGAGUAAAUUAUGAUUAAGUUUAUUAGUUCGUGAACUGCACAAGGAAUUGUCUCUCUUUUUCAGAAGAGCUGGCGAUAAAAGGAGAAAAUGAAAGUUACAAGCGAAGCGCUGCAGGUAUAAACAGUCGAACGUACAAGAAUAUUUUCAAAAGCAUGACAGUGUCUUUUAUUGAAUUAUAAUAAAGGUUUUUGUGUAACCACGCCUCUUCUCUUGGAAAUGAAUUGACAAUUGAAUGUAUUUUUCCCCAGGUAAUCAAGGGACGAGAUCGCGACAGAGAGAAAAAGGACGUCGGAAGUACAAGGAAGCAGGUAUUGUUGUUAUGCUUAUCUGAAGCAAGUAGAUUUGAACCAUCAGUGAUAUGCUGAUCAACAACGAUCGAUCACGAACUACCUUGAUACAUAGCACACUUGUGGCAACUUCGUGCCUAGAUCCUUACAAAAGCGCUUCGGUUCUUUAUGUAAACCUCCAGGCUGACCGUAAAGGUCAACAUGCAGAGAACUGGUCCCACAGGUUAGAGUUCUUCUCAGAGAGGACUAAAAUGUCCAACCAUACACAGUUUCCACUCAAAGGCAGCACACUCUCCUCAAUUAUAUGAUGACGCUGAGUGUUGGUCUGACUAGGGCUCGUAUCCUUGACGACCUUCAUAGUAGUCUGACGCCCUAUCAUUUGAUUUAACUAGGUGGAAAUUAACAGUAGGGUUAGGGUUAACACAGUUACAAUAGGAACUGAAUUUAUGUACCCUUCCUUGGUAAAGAACUGACCUUUGUGCUACGCGUAGAGGACUUGAGCAUUAUACUUGACUCAAACAUGUCAUUUAAUGAUCAUAUAUUUUCACUUAGCACCUCUUUGUUAUCAGUACUAUGUCAAAUUAAAAGAGUGCGACAUCUUUUCUCUAGAGAGGUACUACACACAAUUUUAUACUCAUUAGUAUUAAGCAAACUGUUUUACUGUUCCACUGUCUGGGCCGGAACAUCAAAGAUCAAUCUUCACAAGCUGCAGCUGAUUUAAAACUUUGCAGCACGCACUUUGACAAAACUAGAAAGUUUUACCACAAAACGCCAGUCCUCAAAGAACUCGGCUGGCUCACUAUUGAAAAGUUGAUAAACCUACGGAAUGUCACAAUAUAUGAUAUACAAAUUUUUUAACGGGCUAGCCCCAACAUAUUUGAGCUCCAAGCUAGUUAAAAACUCGGACAUUCAAAAGCACCAAACUAAAUCGAAAGACCAGCUUAGAGUGCCGAGGUGUAGGAUAGCUACCACUCAGCACGCAUUUUUGUGUGGCUUACACGAACUGUAAACCACGCAAUGUCGUGAUCCAAGAUAUUUAUUCCUGGAUUUGUCACGGUGAACGGAGUGCUUGUCAUGUGGUUUACUAUCGUCGAGGAUAGGUUACAGUCUACGCUCGGUUAAGUUACGUAAGCUUCAAAGCUUCAGAAAGCGGCCAUUUCAUAUUAAUGGGUGUGCCUUGAAUCUGAUCAGCAGACCUGCUUGAGAAUAUCGGAGAAUAUCGGAGAAUAUCUGAAUGUGUCUGAGAGUAUUUGAAAGCCUCUGAAAUUACUUUAAAGCAAAAGAGAUCCUCCUGCAGUACUUGGGUUUUCCUUGCUGUUGUUGCUGUUGAAUCGAAUUAGACGAACCAUGCAAAAACAGUUGACAAGAGUCUGUUAGCCCAAGAUUUCGUCAGAUGUAAGUAAUGUGGGAAUAUUUGUUGAACAAUACCGAUCAAAAAUCGACUCUCGUGACAAAUUCCUUAAAAAAAAAGAUGCUUUGUCGCGUAUCGUUUUAGGAAUAUAAUGCUAAUGAUCUUUUACUUGAAUGUCUUUCAAUUACCAACAUUGAUACAAGUUGUUGGACAGUACAAAAUGUGGAAUAAAGUAGUGUUUUGGUUUGCCUAACAUGAAAACCUUGGUGCUAAAUAUCUAUUGUGAAUGAUCCCAAACUUUGGGGAAGUAAUUCAUUGAAACUGAGUAACAAAGAGGUUUCGCUUUUAUCAAAAUAAGAAUAGGAGCCUAGUAGUUUAAUGUUACUAAUGAAAUGUGAUUAGUAUUAUGUUUUCCAAGUAAAGCCCAGAAUUAUUCAGACCUUAACAUUUCAUGACUUCUUGUAAGCUUGGCAGUUCUUCUUCAAGAGAUUCUCUUCAUAAUAAUUCGGAUAAGCAUCGUUAUUUUUUUUUCAGUGGGCACGGUGAUAAAUCCUGCAAUCUGAUUGGUUCUUUACGCCGUCCGUAUGAUCCUAUCUCUGCCUAUGGGAAACGGUAACGCUUUCGUGAGUUGCCGAGUACAUCCCUACAUCGUCGCCAUUUUUCAUGAAUAUGUCUCGUUUUUCUGGCUGGGCAGUAUUUUAAAGCAAAGACAUCGGUCACUUCCUCAAACAAAUAAAUAACUAACAAUCCUCUCUUUUUCUCUCUCAAAUCACUUUAGUUCAAAAUGAAUUUGUAUGAGCAACAGUGUCAUUACGUUGGUUGACAAGCGGCCUAAAAAUCAUCUGCAAUUUUAAUCGUUCAUAGAAAGAGCCUAGAAAGUUAAAUCGUGAGUUAUUUGGUUACACCUGAACUAAUCGAUGGAACUUCCUUUCAUUUAAUAUAUCUGAAUUUUCUCAAACAAUUUAUUCGUUGUGAAAGGGCGAGCGAAGUCUUAAUUUCAGUUUUACAACAAAUAUACGCUCUCGGUGAGUCUUUCCAAGUCCAUUCAACUUGAACAUUCGUUCCGUAAAUUGCACAACAGAAACUGAAGGAAUUCUAUGAGAAAAGGCCGCAUUAAAUCCCAUUGUGUCUCGUUAGAGUGUAUCAUUCGAAUUUAGUUUUUUUGGAGGAAAGACCAGAUUUAGACACGCCAUUGCAGCAAACAAACAAGCAAACCCUCACAAUUACUUUCCUCACCGUUUACUUAAUGAACAGAGGUAAAUCUUCGUACAUGAAUUAAUCGUCGAUGAGAGUGAAUAAUACUUUCCGUAAGAUCAUUGACUGUUUUUGAAGAAAACAUUGUCGUGACAGUCUUUGCCAAACUAGUUUCGAUGUUUUUCAAAAUUGUACAUGCGCCUUUUUUUUCUUCUCACGCGCUCUCUGAUUGACAGGUGUCAGAUUGUGACAGAUACUUGCAAAAAUAAUGUUUCAAAGUUUGUUUGGAAGCCUUUUAAAUCACCUUUAUCAUUACGCAAAUGAAAAUCACCUCUAUUUUAUCUACCAUUUACUCGCUCAAAAAUUGUUCACUUUAUGGGAGAUCUUGCCGUAUUUACAGCCCUCAAUCAUUCGGGUUCUUUCGAAAAGAAUUUCGUUAAGUUUAAAAAAAUAUAUAUGUUAUUUACCGGCUAAGGUGCGGUCCGUAUUAUGAAAAACUGUGACCUCGGUCUUGAAAAUUUUCAAGACCUCGGUCACAGUUUUUCACCAUUUCAGUCCUUGAAUAAUUUUUGAAUCAUUGAAUAUAGUUUUACCAGCUCUGAAUUACGAUUCUCUCUUCGUUAAUUUCAUUCAGGUAGUGUUGGCUAACUAAGUACAGAUAUACAAGCCUUAGAAUCUUAUUAUUUGGCGGUUGUCUUUAAGUAAAUCAGUUUAUAAACCAAUGGUUCCUAUACCUGGUACUUUACUGGAACUUUGAUCUGCGAAAUCAUAUUUAAAGGUGAUAGAAAAACCAGAACACAAGAAGACGAGGAGAGAGCCAGGAAAAGAAGAGGAGAAGGUAAAGUACACUGCAAGAAAUGGGCCAAAGUGUUACACUUAAUUCAACUGAACUGUGGUGGAUUACGGUAAUAGUUCCUGCAUCUAAACCGAUACGAUUGCUUAAUUUGAUGUUCCCUCUUAAGCUUAAGCAUCGAUUCAAAUGAAGUCACAAAUAGGAAUCACAGUUCCUGUUCUUUAAUUUUAAAUCCCUUAAGAUAAAGUAGCAUUUUCAUAUUACCCUUCACAAACCGCAGCUUCAUCCCUUGUCGGCGAUAGUGAGUCUACACCAUACCUCUGGCAGUUCAAAGAAGCAGAUUCCUAUACUUGGAAAAAUUUCGGCCGCUCUGACAAUGUUGUUCUGGAAGAGCUUUACUGUGACGUAAACAAUGUGGAGGUUGAAAUCGAACUUGAAGACACCACAAUAAGGUUAGUACGUGUUUAUUCUUAAACAAUAAGGGAAACGUAUAUAUUUGCUCACAAAAGGUACAAUUUUUUAUACCUUUAACCAGAAACUUUGGUAACCUUAUAAUUACCGUGAACAUCCCACUUGAAAAUGAUGUCUAUGGAGACCACAGAUCACCAAAAUGUUCGGCCGUUUAACUUUUUUCUUGAGGUUAUAAGGCGGGUUCGUUUAGAGAAGAAUACUGCUCCACAGAAGCCAGUCAAUUUCUCGGCAAAACUCUAUAUCUGUAAAAUACUUCAGUAACUUCGUACGUUUUAUAGCAUCUGCUAUCUCGUGCGACACUUUAGCAUGUGUUAAGGCUUCAGUUAGUUAUUAUCAUUCUGCUGCGUGAUUGUAUUAGCGACGCAGAAUGAGACUAGGAGAAACGGAAGAAGAUUGGAAAUAGUUGUAGUGAAGUACCGCAGCCUGCGAGCGGGCUCUCACUGGUGCGGCAAAGGAGUAAAGGAGGGAAACGAGAGGUCUGAGAGGGGUCUGGCACUAACGUUUGUGCUAGAAACAAGGCGGAUCUCCCGCAAGCUCACAUUGCUUAUCCGCUCAAACACGCGGGCUUCACCGCUUGUGACGCAGCGCCAAUUUGAGCCUGCAAGUAGACCGGUAGCGCUGCAGCUCACUAACAAAACGUCUGGAAUAGGCUUAGGUAGUGUCGCUCUUUUUUUUUUUCUUUUCAGACAUACAAGAAAGCUAUCAGGAAAGAUGUCAGCCAAUUUUCAUACAAUGUCCAUGAGCUUGAUUUCCUCCUUUAACCAGUUUUUGAUCCGUCGAUGCUCAACACCGUCUUACAUCAAAGAACGCGACAACAAGUUUCCCACACUGUGGAUUUGGUAUUGGGAAGACAUCGAUGGAUGGGAAAAAUAUACAGAAACAAAGGUAAGUAGCGGUAGCUACUACGCAAAAAUACGAUCACACAAUGGCCCGGGUAUGCCAGAUGUCUGAGAAUGUGAGAGGUCCUAUCACUGACCAGGUGCUCACGCAGAUGUGUGGAUAAAUGCCGAGAGGUUUCGCCAAUAGGACCUCUAACAUUUUCAGACAUUUACAUAAUUCUCCACAAUGUCGCACUCUAUGUUCUGAUGAGUGUUUUAGCAUCUUAGAUCACGCAUCCACAACUUUCCAACGUAAAAUUAAAGCUAUCCACAUAUAAUGGGAGAAACCUACACUUAAUCAUCAACUUUAUCAUGUUAAUUAAAAACUUUCCUUGUAAUGCAUACAUUGUUCUGUUACAUUGGUCGCUAUGUCCAAUCAGCAUUUUGUUAUACACUUUAUAUUCAGAUUUGUACUUUGUACUUUAAUUUUACUUUGCACUUCACAUGACAGCUUAGAUGAAAAUAAAAAGAGAAGAGAAAUCCUGGGGCUGAGGUUUCAUGGUUAUGGAUGGUCCAAACUUAAAAUUCUUAAAACUUCUGUUUUAGCUUUGUUCUGGAACAAAACAAGAGCAAAUUGAAGCAUCGUAUCUAAAUGGAGACCCAGCUUACUACUUUCAAAUCGGUGGGAACGAUUACGUCAUACAUUUUGAGGGUACACUUAUGAACCAAAGGAGUGCUGAUCCAAAAGUCCAAGCGGUUCGGCUCGUCAGAAGAAGACCAAUAUUUGCUUCGACGUCAGCACUGCAGACCACAGUGACGUGAGUGAACACGGACUGUGCUUUAAUUAGGAGGAGUUACCGAUUUUUUUGAUAAGUCACUAAAAGAGAGAUUAGUCCUUUUGUAGGCUGUCCCGGGACGAAACUUGGCUUUCAAUCGAUGAAAAACCGAAACAUAAUAAUAGUGAAGAUAAUGAUGAUUUUAAUAAUUGACAGUCUCCAUGUAAGUGGAUGGUCUGUUCAGCAUUGUUGCUUAUCCAUCUCCAUGAACUCAAUUAAAGCAACUGCACCUUCGCAAGACUUUUGCGGUUACAAGCAAUGCAGAUAUCGUUCAUCGUUUUCAUUUUGCGACUGACUUAGAAUUUGACGCAGGCUGAAUUGUUCGCCAUUGAAAUCCUUCACUUGUUCCUGUAUUGAUUUUAGUUUAUAUAAUCGUCCUUGACGAAGGGGGUACGGGAAAAGUGUGUGGGGCAUGGAAAAUGCUUAAUUUGUCAACUUAAGAUUCGUUUCUGAUAAACGUUUAGACAUCGUACUAAGUAUUACCUUGAAUACUUUCAGUAGGACUCAAGAGCUCAGGAUCCCGUCUAACCACACCCAUCCUUGUUUCCUCGCCUUUGUUAUUAUUGCAGCAGUCCGAAAGGUCAGGUAAUAGCCGUUGAAAGGACUAACCUGAAAAAGGACACCAAAGAAUACCGAACUGUGAGUGAGCGCUUUCACGAAACAAUGCCGGAACACCGCGUCUCUAUAUUGAUGGUGGAAAAAAUAACAAAUGGUCAUUUAUUGCAGAAAUACAAAAGGUAAUUGCUGAGGAAGGGCUAAUAGGAGGGGAAAAUAAUAUGUACACCGGAACCUGUUCGUGAUUAAUUCUGCGUAGUUCAAGGGAGCCUAAGAUGUGGGUAUUAACUAACUCACAAAGUUAGUCUUAAGGGUUAUUUCCGCCGCUUGGGUAAAAUAUAAUACAUGCGGACCAAAAUAAUGUUGUUUUCGAACGUAGACUGUCAAUAGCUAAGCUUUUUUACCUUUCACCUGUUUAUCUAGAAAGGGCCAAGAAAUGAGAGAGCAACUUAAACCUAUACGUGAAAAGUUACUGUUCCAUGGUACUACAUCAAAUGUUGUUGAUGCCAUCUGCACACGCAACUUUGACCACAGAAUGUGUGGGAAGAACGCGACAAAAUAUGGGCAAGGAAUUUAUUUCGCUGUAGACGCAUCUUACAGCAAUAACUUCAGCAAAGCUAAGGGUGACAGAACGAGAUACAUGUUUCUGGCAAAAGUGUUGACUGGAGAAUUUAAGCGUGGAGAGCAAAAUUUUCGUCGACCGCCAUUGAAGGAUCCAAGCAAUCUGGCAGGUGAUUUGUACGAUUCUUGCGUUGACGACGAAAAUCAAUCAAAGAUCUUUGUCAUUUUUGAUAACGAACAAUGCUAUCCUUCGUAUUUGAUUAAAUAUUACUUGAAAUAGUUUUAGGCAUCAAAGUCAGAUGCAUCAAACUACGGUAGAAAGACGGUCACAAGCGCAUUAAUAAAUAAAUACUUAAACAGUUACCACAUAUUACCGGUGGACUCAGUAGUUUACAUUGUGGGCCAGAAAGAGAGAAAAAAAGGCAAUUUAUAAUUGAUUAUGCUAUAUAAAAAAAUAUCAUGAGAAGUCGAGUAUUUCAAAAGUUAAAAAUGGUGAAAAACAGCUAGUUAGCAAACAUUCACUUAAAAAGGUAUUUUGAUAAUCUGAUCAGUUCCAGGGAGACCUGGACAACGGUGAGCUUUGAGGAACAGAUAAUAUGUCCAAAGACAAGUGAACGAGCACAUUUUAGGGGCCAAAUGGCGGUUAUUGCAUGCAAUAUCCUUUAAUAUUUUUCCAACACGCGGGGAAAAUGUUAACGAACAACUCGCUGUUUGCCGCUUGAAAUGUUUCAUUUUUAUGUUUCAUCUUCAAUAUUAGCCGCUUUCAUCCUAAAUUCAAUUUUAAACGAAAGCUUUCAUCGUAGUUAAUGUAAGGUUUCAGAAUUGGGGAAAAUCACUAAGGGUAUAUCCUCGGAUAUUUUACAGCUUUAGAUGGGACAUUUAGUCUCCCAGUUUUAGAUGGGCCACUACUGCUUUAUAGAGGUGAACAUUACAGUGCCGUUGAUUAAUGCGAGGCAGAUUCGGGACCCUGAAAACCGACCGCUUAAAAAAGGAUGACCGCUUUAUAAGGUGCCGUUUAAUACAGGGUUCCACUAUAUUAUCAAAUUACAUUUUAAAGUGAAUCUCUGUUGUUGAUUGUAAUUUAUCAGUAUCAGUAUUGCAGCACUUUAAAGUUGCAUGUUCUGCCGAAAGGAGGUCAUAAGUUAUGGUCUUAACUUUCCCACGAGAGUCAAUGAUGUAAUAUGACCCUAAUACGUAAUAACGUCUGGGGUUUCGUUUUGUUCUAAUUUUACUGCAGUUUUAUAGGCUUUCAGUUUUCUUUUCUUCAGUGGACCCCCCUGAAAACUACUUAGAGUGAUAGAGGUCUCUCAAAAUAUGUAAUUUAUUAUCAAGAUUAUUUUUUCCAUUGUAUAGUAGCAAUUAGUGGUGCGUUGGUCCUCCAUGCCCAGAUGUCUAGGCAUGAAGGUGUGUUAAUGAUUUUACGAUAAUUUGUAUUUUAACUUUUACAAAGUUUCCGAUGGCUUGUGCGCUGGAAUCCAGAUCGACUCAGCAGUUAGCAGUCAGAGGUCUCUUUCUUCUUGGAUCAAUCGAACCCAAUGCGUCUUUAAUUUCACCUGGUUCUGUCUCUCUUGGGUAGUCAAUCCUAUUUGGGUUGUAGUUAUCUGAAGGCAGAACCUUUCCUUUUUUUUCACUUGGUUCUGUCUCUCCUGGGUAGUCAGUCCUGUUUGGGCUGUUGUUAUCUGAAGGCAGAACCUUUCCUUUUUUUCACCUGGUUCUGUCUCUCUUGGGUAGUCAGUCCUAUUUGGGCUGUUGUUAUCUGAAGGCAAAACCUUUCCUUUUUUUAUUUGUUUCUGUCUCUCAUGGGGAGUUGCUUCAUUUUAGACUGUUUGUUUUCAUCUUAUGACAAACUAAUUUUGAGUAUGAAUCGCGACAUAAUUAAAUUUACUUGUCUUGAUUUUUUUCCUUUGCAAAUUUAGUUGAACGUUAACUAUGAAAAAUCAUGAUGAAAAAGCAAUGUUUGUUUCAAUUAAAAAAAAUGCAUACUUCUCCUGUUGAGAUGACUAACCAACCUUAACUUAAUUACAUAUAGUAAAUGUACAUUCCGUUGACUGGUAAUUUUUCCGUCGAUGCUGUGUCUGCCUUAGUGGUGUCUACCCUCAAAUCCCGUGAUGUUUCAAUUAAAAAUAAAUAACGAAUUUAGGAAUAAAAUUACCAACGAGUAAUAACUAUUCUUGUAAUGUAUUAAAUUGCAUUUACAUUUCCAACUCUACACUCAACUUGCUUAAAAAUCAACUUCAGACACGAUAUGUAAAAUCGGUCAUAGAUUGUAAAAGAGAUUUGGGGGUAAAGUACUUUUUCUACUUGUCUUUGUUUAUUUUCGCGCAGCCUAAUAUAUGAAGUUAGCUGUGUUCGCAGCGGCGCGCCAGGAAACCCCGG